GUGAACCAGACGCUGCCACGUUGGGUUUCGAUGAAGAAACGUUUCCUGCAAAACACGACAUAUUUUCAUAAGAAUCUGAUUCAUCUCAAUUUUUUGAGGAAAGAAGAGAUGUAUACGGAAACGUAGGAGCAAGUGGGGAUGAUGGAGAAAGAGUGUUCAGAGGCGUGUUCGAAAGCGGCGACGCAUAGAUGCGAAGCUAAACCAAGUCCUGCUUUUGACGGCGGUACGAAGGUUCGAACCAGAUCCAUGACUUUACCGUCAUUCUUCAUCUUGUACUCUAUGAAGGCUUCGUGAUCAUCAGUCUCGAAUCUAUGUCUUCCUUCGUUCCACACGAUCUUCGGUUUCUCCGUCGCCGUCCCCGUCGCCAUUUUAUCUGUUAUCUCUCUAAGUCUAAGUCCACUCUCUUUCAUUUCAAACCGAGAAUUGAUUUUAAUAUAUCGUUAGUAAACCGGUUUAAUGGAUAAAAACGUAUAAUCGUCGUACACGUGGCAGGCGAUGGAGGCGGCAGAGUGUUUUGCUUGCUUCGUCGUGUUAUUUGGCGUGAAGUAAAGAGUUCAGAGAGAAAAGGAAGUCAAAACUUCAGAGAGAAAGUGGAUGGGGGACACGAAGGUAGAGACAAUCUCGAGGUUAGCUCAAUGGAGAAUUGAAAAUUUUGGUCCUUGUUCUUUCAAAAAGUCCGAUCCUUUCAAAGUCGGAAUUUGGAAUUGGCAUCUGUCUAUAGAGAGGAAUCGCUAUCUAUCAGUGAGGCUAUUCCCAGAACUUUCUCGAGUAUCUAAAGAGCAACCUCCUGUUGCCAAAUUUGUUCUUCGUGUCUCCAACGUUGGCCCCAAUCGUAGAUUCUACAUCUCUCCUGUUUAUGAGAAGCUGCUGCGUACAACUGAUGAUUGUGUGUGGCAUGUUGACUCCAGUUUCCACGGUCGAUUCACCAUUGAUGUUGAGUUUCUUGAUCUCAAAAUCUGCCCUGUGAAUGGUGGUGAAGCUUCUCCUGUUUGGCCAACCGAUGCAACAAUGCAAUCAAUCUCUACUCAAACCACUCUCAAAUGCUUAUCCCGGAUGCUAGAGGAAAGCAUACUAACCGAUGUAAUCAUCCACACAGCCGAUGGAACACUCUCUGCUCACAAAGCUAUCCUCUCAGCUAGCUCAACUGUUUUCAAAAGCAUGUUCCACCACGACCUCAUGGAAAAGGAAUCAUCCACAAUCCACAUAGACGACAUGUCGAGAGAAUCUUGCAUGGCUCUACUAAGUUACCUCUACGGAAACAUAACCCAAGAAGAGUUCUGGAAACACAGGCUCGCCCUCCUCGGCGCUGCAAACAAGUACGACAUAACGGAUUUGAAAGCAGCCUGCGAGGAGAGCCUAAUGGAAGAUAUAAACUCGAGUAAUGUGCUCGAGAGGCUACAAGAAGCUUGGCUUUAUCAGCUGGAGAAACUGAAGAAAGGGUGUUUGAUGUAUUUGUUUGAUUUCGGAAAGAUUUAUGAUGUCAGAGAAGAAAUCAGCAGUUUCUUCAGGCAAGCUGAUCGAGAACUGAUGCUGGAGAUGUUUCAAGAGGUUUUGUCUGUGUGGAAACCGGUCUAAUAUACACUUACACACAUACUUUGAACAUUUCAGCUUGAUGGUGUUUUGUUUAUAGUCUUCUUGUUCUCUUCUGUGUGUGUAACUAACAACAACUCUGGAUUUUGUUGUAUCACUCUGUCUAAUGUAUAGUAUUGAGUGGAUUUGCCUC